CCAUCGUCUCCCUCUGUCGACCCCGUCCUUCUACCCGUUUUGUACUAAAUUGCUGUGCCUCGACAGACUCACGUUAAAAAUAAGAGUACACGGGAAAAUUCAAUAUAAACCCUUUAUCAAGUUGGGAACAACAAAAUCAGAUCUUCCCCCCAAAGUUAAUACUGUGAAUCGACUGGAAAGUACACCGUCUAUACGGUGAUGGACCUCAUAUUUUCAUCCCCAUCCCCUUACAACGCUUCUAUCUCUCUUCGGACCGGAGAGUUGGUAUAUGAAAUAUCAAGUAAUGACACUAAACCCGACCCGUUGGGAUUAGGAAUGGGGACGAGACGUACGGUUGUUAAAAAAUUCAGCGUGGAGACCCCGGCGAGCAAGACACCGACAGAGAUUGGGUGCAUUGAAUUGCACACUUUGCACGACGAUCGGUGUGAGGUGUAUGGGAGGGAUGUGAGACCGAAAGACAAGCAGAAAUGGACGUCAUCGAACGGACAAGAGUACUCUUGGAAGUACUUGAGUGAUCAAGUAUUGAACCCACAGCUACUCGACAGAGACCAAAGCACGGUAGCAGCCUACGAACAUUCGGGAUUUAUCAGUGGGAAGCCUCAGAAACUAGCUAGGUUAUCAAUAUCCCCCGGUGCAGGGUACGGAAUCGUAGAUGAGAUUCUCGUCACUUUUCUUUACGCUCAACAAAAGCGUGGUACGACGAGUUACGUGGAUGGUUUUUUAAGCGUGAUUACUGGCGGAUUCGGUGUAAGAGGAUAUAAUUACAGGACAUAAUUACUAGCUAGUAGGGUGAGGCUCGCUGCGAAGGUUUCUUUUUUUGGAGAAAUACGCACCAUGAAAGUAUUUAUAGUUUCACAAUUCAUCCAAGACCAUCC